AUGGAAGGCGAAGAAGACUCAAUGUCGUUUUCGGAUGAUUCAGAAGAAAAAAAAAUUGCAUCGUCGGAAAAUGAUUUAGAGUUUUUUCGGUCGCAAGGUGAGGAAGAGAGGUUGGACAUGAAUUCUUCGCCUGUCGGUAGUGAAAAGGAAAUUGAUGAAGCAAUCAUGGAUGAAAGAGGCGUGUUGCAAAUUGAUCGCCCCUGGAAGUGUGAUUACAAGGAAUGCAAUAAGGCGUUCAAGGUUAAAUCCAAUUUAAAAAGACAUCAGAUCUCUCACACGGAAUUGGUAAACAUCUUACUUCAAUAA